UAUUGCCCAUUACGAUUUCGCCACUCAAAUUCUACCACUCACAAGAUUUAAUGAAUCUCCUUAUGGAUUCCUUCUUGUUUUUCUCUCUUUGUUUCUUUCUCUGAAAUGGAAUCAUAUCCCCCCCUAUAUAUAUGUACAAAUUUGAUUACUACAAUAAUUGGGUUUGGGAUGAGUGCAACUUUUAUCAUAUUCGUAUGCACUAGAUUAAUUUGCGGCCGAAUGCGUAGAACUCAUCAUUCAAGGCAGUUACUUGAGAUUUCGAGGAUUGAUCUUGAACAGCCAGAAAGUCAGAACAAUGGCCUUGAAUCUGUUGUGGUUGCUGCAAUUCCCACGGUGAAGUUCAGCGACGGCGAUUUCAACUCCACACAGUGUUCUAUAUGCUUGGGAGAGUACCAAGAGAAGGAAAUACUAAGAAUAAUGCCCAUUUGUGGACAUAAUUUUCAUCUUUCUUGUAUAGAUAUUUGGCUAAGGAAACAUUCUACUUGUCCUGUUUGUCGAUUACCCAUUUGCGGCUAUAACCAGGAGGGUGUGGAGAUAUCAACAACCGCCUGACAGCAAAACAACAAUGUUUUCAAAAGAAGACACUUGUUUUAACAUAUGGCAUAAGAACUAGCUAGCAUGAUUCUAGUUUUACUUUUGAUGUUGUAAAAAAGUAACAAUUAUGGUUUUAAAUAUGAGGUUAAUCUUCAAACAUGAGAGUCAUCUCUGAAAAUUGAGGUUAAUCUUAACUGAUCAUAUGUAUAAUCAAGGCAAAUGAAACAAUGAAAAAUGGAGGAACCUACCCUUGUUCCAACUUUCAAGUU